AUGGUACUUGAAAACGAUUUAGAAUCGCUGGAUAAUGGGUUGGAAGACAUUAAUGAAGAUCUAUUUCGUGACGAUUAUUUAUUGGAUGAAGAUGCUUCAGGAUCGGGAUUACAAUCCGCAUGGACUAGAAUGAAGUACUGGUUUUAUAGAAAUAAAUUGAAGUGGACGAACAAUGGCAUAGUGAUUAACGAGGGGAAAGAUAAUAGGAGUAAUGCCAACCUAAGAAGAGGUAUACCAUUGUACGAAUUGGAUGCAAAUGGCCAACCUAUUGAUACAGGUUUUGAGGAUGAGUUUGCACUCGGAACAGGAUCCUUUUCCAAAGUACCAUGGAAAUUAAUACUUCGUGUGUUGUUUGGCUUACUGGUAUUUACAGUCUUUCUUAUCCUUGUGAUCAAUAUCACAAAGUCCAAUCGUACCAUAAAGGUUUUAUCACACUUUGGCAACCCUGAUUUCGAUCCUUACGUAAAAUAUUUUAACGGUACCCACGAAUUUUUCCCCUUGACCAUAGUGAUUUCGUUAGAUGGUUUCCACCCAUCACUGAUAUCCAAAAGGAAUACGCCGUUUUUGCAUAGUUUAUAUACACUGGAUUAUGACACCGGUAUGAAUAUCACAUCCACACCAUUCAUGAUUCCAAGUUUCCCCACGGAAACCUUCCCCAAUCAUUGGACACUGGUUACUGGACAAUACCCGAUACAUCAUGGAAUAGUAUCCAACGUAUUCUGGGAUUCAGAUCUUAGCGAAGAGUUUCACCCAGGCGUAUUGGAUCCUCGGAUAUGGAAUAGCAAUGUUAGCGAACCAAUUUGGCAAACUGUCCAAACUGCAUUUGACAGCGAUAUGUCAUUCAAAGCAGCUACACAUAUGUGGCCUGGUAGUGACGUGAAUUAUACUAAAUACAACGAAAAGAAGUUGCUACCCGAACAUAAGAAGCCCAUUGCAAUAGAGAGAACGCCUUAUUAUUUCGAUGAGUUCAAUGCCAAGGAAUCAUUACCAAAGAAGCUAUCCAAUAUCAUGAAAUACGUGGAUAUGGACGCGUUGGACGAAAGACCUCAACUAAUUCUCGGAUAUGUACCGAAUGUAGAUGCUUUUGGACAUAAACACGGAUUCCCUGCAGAAUCUGAUUAUUACUACGAAGAAUUCACGAAGACAUUAAGCGAAGUGGAUACGUUUCUACAGGGGUUAGUCGAGUCUUUACGAGAACGGAAUAUAACAGACUUCACUAAUUUAGUCAUUGUAAGCGACCAUGGUAUGAGCAAUAUUAUGGUUCCCUCAAAUGUAGUUGUCUGGGAAGAUAUACUGAACGAGAAAUUAAGGAAGGAUUACGUGUCGCAUGCAUAUUUGGAGGGCCCAAUGAUGGCCAUAUCAUUGAAGGAUUCCACCGAAAUUAACGAAGUUUACCAUGAAUUAAAGUCAUCGAUAGAUGAAGAAAAGUACAAAGUAUAUGUGAACGGGAACUUUCCGGAAGAGUGGAAUUUCAAUGAUAGAAGAAACCAUCACAUGGCCUCGAUCUGGAUCGUGCCCGAACCCGGAUAUGCAGUGAUGAAGAAAGCACAGCUGAAGAAAGCGGGAAAAGAUGACCAUAAAGAUAAAAACGAAGAACAAGUGUUUACGAUCGGAUCGCACGGCUACAAUAAUAGUGCCGUCGAUAUGAGGUCGAUAUUUAUUGGCAUGGGGCCGUAUUUCCCGCAGGGUUACAUCGAACCAUUCCAAAAUACAGAGAUAUACGAUUUAUUAUGUGACAUCUGUGGUGUGGCAGAAAAGGAUAGAAACUCCAACGACGGCUCCGGGGUGGUCAUGCAGCAACUCCGCGAGCCUGAGAACAGCGACGAAGUGGAGAUUACUGACGAUUUCGAGUAUUUGAGUAGCGUGUUUGGUAAAGCCAGUACAUACAACAUAAUCUGGGGCGGGUACCCUGACGAGGAAGAACAUGAAGCACAGGAAGAUGAUGAAGACAACGGAGACGCCGAAGACAAUGACAAUGACAAUGACAAUGACGACGACGACGACGACGACGCCAAAGAAAUAGCCGCCGUGUCCACUUCGUCAUUAACGACUACACUACCGAUGACGACUUCCACGCCAUCGACGACUAGCACCCUACUGAGCGGCACACUACCGUCAUCGAGAGGCAGCAGUAUACGAGCUAGCGCUACCACCAGUGCAGCAGGGAAUUUGUUCCAAGAGAUUAUCAGCGAUGCAAAGGAACUCAUCGAUGAUAUAAUCGAUGGUAUCGAUGACUUAAUCGAUUCCAAUACGUAA